AUGGACCUACUAUUAUUGGAUGACGUGGAAGCCAUAGCUGUGGCACAUGCGCUAUAUAAACGACAUCAGCAAAAAAAAAAAAUAUCGAAGAGACGUUAUUGGGUACAUCCACUCAACUUAAAAAGGCCGCAAGAAGGCCAAUUCAAUGUUAACUUUAUGGUACUUCGAGCACAUCCAGAAGAGUUUUUCAAGUACUACCGAAUGUCUGUACAAUCGUUUGACGAAUUGAUUUCAUUAAGUGAACCAUUUAUAUCAAAACAAUUGACAAAUAUGCGCAUUCCAAUUUCAAAAGAAGAAAGGCUGACAAUUACUUUGAGAUACUUGGCAACAGGAACACAUUACACGGCGUUACACUUUGAGUUUUUAGCAGGAGUAUCUACUAUAGCAAAGAUAGUCCAAGAAACUUGCGAUGUUUUAUGGAAAGUGUUACAACCUUUAGAAAUGGCGGAACCAACAACAAAUGACUGGCUGGAUAUAUCGAAAGGUUUUUACGAAAAAACGAACUUUCCAAAUACUGUUGGAGCGGUGGAUGGAAAACACAUAAGGCUCGAGUGUCCCAACAACAGUGGCUCAUUGUAUUAUAACUACAAAAACUUUUUUUCCCUAAUUCUUAUGGCCAUUUGUGAUUCAAAUUAUUGUUUUCGAAUCAUCGAUGUUGGGUCCUAUGGGAAAGAAAGCGACUGUAACGUAUUCAAAACUUCAACAUUCGGUAAAAAGUUGUACUCGGGUAGUGUAAAUUUUCCACCAGAUCAAUGCUUACCAGGUGAUGAUAAUGGUGUGCCACAGCCGUUUAUUUUAGUUGCCGAUGAAGCUUUUGCUCUCCACAAACAUUUGUUACGACCGUUUCCAGGCAGAACAUUGAACAACAACAGGAGGAUUUUCAACUAUCGUCUAUCGAGGGCCCGUCAAUACAUAGAAUGUUCGUUUGGGAUUUUGUCUAAAAAAUGGCGAGUGUUUCAAACGAGCAUGUUAGUUGACCCAAAUGUUGCAGUAAAAAUAACAAAAGCCUGCUGCGUCUUACAUAAUUUUGUUCGACGCCGAGACGGAGGAGACGGUGAAGGUAUUUUUGAAGACACUCAAAGCAAUCUUAUGGAAAGUAUAACGGAGAGAAGAGGUGUUGGAAAUUCACAGACCAACGCAAAAGAUAUUAGGGAAUAUUUCGUGACAUAUGUGAAUGAUCCAAAUCAUGCACUUAGCUGGCAGAACAAAAUUAUUGGUGAAUAA